AUGCGUCUGAUCAACACAGCAACAUUGCAGCUCGAAGAGUUCAUUGACCGUGCUCGCAUCCCACCAUACGCCAUUCUUUCCCACACCUGGGAAGAUGGAGAAGUGUCGUUCCAAGAAUGGAAUCAUCACGAUAUCAGAGUAGAGAAGAAGGGCUUUCUCAAAAUCGAAUCGUUCUGCCGUUUGGUCUUGCAGGACGGAUACACCCACGCUUGGGUAGACACCAACUGCAUCGACAAGCGCAGCUCCGCCGAGUUAUCCGAAGCUAUCAACUCCAUGUUUGCCUGGUACCGGGAAGCGGAAGUAUGCUACGUUUACAUGGCCGACGUGUUAGCUUCAAGCAGCGCUCCGGAUUAUCGCGACCGGGUUACUCAGUUCCUGAACAGCAAAUGGUUUACUCACAUCAACUUCUACGACCAGGAUUGGAGUUUCAUUGGAACGAUAAUAACAUUGCUUGACACGAUUCACCAAGCAACCGGAAUUGAUAAGAGUUGUCCUCUAGGUAACGCACUCCCUUCCGACUUCAGCAUUGCGAAAAUCAUGUCUUGGGCCGCUGGCCGUGUCCCAACUCGCCUCGAAGACCAAGCAUAUUGUCUCCUCGGUCUCUUCGGUGUCAAUAUGCCACUUCUCUAUGGAGAGGGCGAGAAGGCAUUUCUAAGGCUGCAGGAAGAGAUAAUAAAGAUAUCCGAUGACCAGAGCGUCUUCCAAUUCAGGGGGCUCGCCUCAGCACAGCCUGAUGUUGAGAGACUCAGACGAAUCUGAAUGACACCGGCUGCGACCAGACUUUCCAGUCCUAACGUGUUUUUAAUCACCAACUGUUCAUGGAUCCUGCCAAUUUCGAUUUCAAGCUCAAUAUGGCUUGUCAAGAGGCACAUUCGGUGUGACAAUUCAAGUUCAAUUGAACAGAACAGACUGCAGCGCAGCUGCUCCGGCAGCUCAGCUAACCAUUCUGUCUCCAGCUAUCAAUACACUACACAAAAGGAAACUCGCUAAUAAUCUUCAUAUAAUCAUCAGAUCGCCAUGAUUGGAUCCUGUACCAUCUUCCUCCUUAGAAUACCGCGCUGUUUAGGCCAUGACCUCGGCGUGGAACUGCUCCUGUGCGCCAGCAGGGGCGGCGGGAGCGGCAGGGGCAGCGGGAGCAGCGGGAGCAGCGGGG